GACAUAUGGAGGCGCCCUUAUGCUUACGUACCAACCCCGUCCAAAGACUUCCUCCCCCAAACAAGCCCCUCCCAACUUUAAAAUUAAACAGUAUUGUUCAGAGAAUGGUCCACAUGAACACUGAGAACAGAAACAUUGGAUCCAUGGUUGUCAUUGACACUGAGGGCUCAGUAGCGGAUUAUACACAGCUUCCAAGAGGCAAGCAGGAGAGGCUGAACACUACUGUGACAGACAAGCUGAAAGCAAACCGCAGAGAGAAAAACGGAUUAUUAGAAGCCUUGUGGCAGGAACGCAGACUGGUGCAAGAGAGUGGAAUACUGUCGUACCUCAACAAGCAAGAGCUGUUGCUACAGGAGAGUAUGUAUGAGGUGGUGACGACAGAGCAGUCCUACCUGGAGAGGCUGGGUGUCGCUGUGAACCAUUUCAUGAAGUCAUCUACCCUGCGUCGAGCCCUGUCACCCAGAGACCACAAGUCCCUUUUCUCUAGUAUUGCCUAGAUCAGGGAGAUUAGCCAGAAGUAAGCCUGCCUGUUACACAUUGGGUGCCAAUCUAAGGGUGCAAGACUUCAUGACUAGUCUUACCUGUACAAAGACCAAUGCAUUAGCUUGUUGUGCCUUUGAGGACUGAUCUGAGAAGAUCGUUGUGUUGUCAGAUUUUUUGAUGCGAUGAAGGAGGAGCUGGAGUUUAACCUGCUAUGUGACGUUUUGUAUUCUCAGCUUUCUAGACAUAAUGAGGGAGGAGCUGGAGUCUAACCUGCUAUGUGACAUAUUGUAUUCUCAGCUUUCUAGAUAUAAUGAGGGAGGAGCUGGAGUCUAACCUGCUAUGUGACGUAUUGUAUUCUCAGCUUUCUAGACAUAAUGAGGGAGGAGCUGGAGUCUAACCUGCUAUGUGACAUAUUGUAUUCUCAGCUUUCUAGACGUAAUGAGGGAGGAGAUGGAGUCUAACCUGCUAUGUGACAUGUUGUGUGAUGUCAUCCAUCGCCACGCCAGCAGCCACUUUGGUGCCUAUGUGGACUACAUCCGUAACAUGCCUUUCCAGGAACAGACCAUGCACAACCUGGGGUAUGCAAAGAAUAUUUGUUAAUAUUGCUUCGGCUCUUUCCCAAUUCCUCUUUACUCAAAUCCUCUUUCCUCACCUCCUCCUCAAAAGACAUUGGAGGAGAUGGCUAGAGGGGAGGGACAUGGGAUGUUCUCAUCCAAUGCGAUUUGAGAAGAAUGCGAGGAGAGAGGAUGCAAGGAAUCAAUGAAAAACUUAAUUUAGAAAGAGCCCUGGUCUCAGAUGUGCUCAUUCCAUGUGUCAGUUGUAUUGGUAGUAUCACGUUUCCAGUAUGAUCCAGAGGCAGACAGUGUAAAAUAAACAAAAGUGUAUUUCUAAUACGGGUGCAGGCAAAUGACAGGUCAGGGCAGGCAGGGGUCAAUAAUCCAGUUAGGGGGGCAAUGUACAGAACGGCAGGCAGGCACAGGGUUUGCAGGAUUCCACCCGGAAGGACAGAUUCCGGGUGGACAGCCAUACCUUCUGCCCGAGAUGAUACCGGGGAGCCGGGGUCCGGUGGCGAUCCGCUUGUCAUCGAUACCUGGAGGUGGUCUUGAGGAGGGCCGAACGGGCUCUCCUCCAGGUACGACGACAGCGGCGGACAAACACCUGGGCAGAAGGUAUGUCUUCUUUCUGCUCAGGGAAGAGCGGGGGCUGAUACCCCAGGGAAUGGUGAUAGGCCCGUGGCAGAGCAGGGAAGGGUGUUGUGGGUGUAUUCGACCCACACAAGCUGCUGGCUCCAGGUGGUGAGGAGACCAGGCAGCGCAGAGUAGUCUCAAGGUCCUGGUUGGCUCGCUUCGACUGGCCGUUGGACUGGGGGUGGAACCAAGAGGACAGGCUGGCUGACGACCCAAUGAGGGUGCAGAACGCCUUCCAGAACCGGAACGAGAAACCAGGGUGCUGUAGCCCCAGGUAAAGCGGCAGUAAAAGUUGGUGAAACCCAGGAACCGCUGCAGCUGGUUCUCCAGGAGGCAUUGGAGAACCUGCCGGACGUGAAGCACGUGUUCUUGGGCGGAGCGAGAAAAGACUGAUGUAGGCUGUGGCCAAUCCACCACCGCUCUCACCUUCUCGGGAUCCAGCUGUACGCUCCCUGCAGCGAUGAUGUAACCCAGAAAGGGGAUGGUGGAGCGAUGGAAUUCGCACUUCUGCUUUUACAAAAAGCUGGUUCUCCAGGAGGCAUCGGAGAACCAGCCGGACGUGGAGCACGUGUUCUUGGGCGGAGCGAGAAAAUACGAGGAUGUCAUCAAGGUAGACGAAGACAAACCGGUUCAACAUGUUGCUGAGAACAUCAUUAACCAGAGCCUGGAACACAGCAGGAAUGUUGGUAAGGUCAAAGGGCAUGACCAGGUACUCGUAGCAGCCGCUGGCCAUGUUGAAUGCAGUCUUUCACUCGUCC